AUGGUUAGCCGUAACGACUGGUGGAUCGAACGCUACCUAUUGGUCAGCGACUCUGAGGACGAAGCACUCGACCGAUUGGUUUCGACAAUGAAAUGGAGGAAACAGUUCGGUGUCCGCCAACUGACUGGCCGAUCGUUUCCCGAAGAAAUGUACCGAAUCGGUGCCUAUGUAUCGUUCGGCAGGGAUCGUGAGGGACGGCCAAUGUUGUGGGCACAGUCCCAUCGACAUCGCAAAUGCGACGCGUGGUCAUUGUUGGUCAAACAGUUUCUGGUCUAUCAAUUUGAACUAAUGGAUCGGCAGACCAGUCAUCAGGGUUGGCUGCUAGUUGCCGAUAGCCAUCAGCUAUCGAUGGCCAACCUGGAUGUCGAUCAUUCAAUGUUUCUCAUUGAUUGUCUACAAAAUCAUUAUCCGAUGGGUGUCCGCUAUAUACUCAAUAUAGACUUGCCGUGGUUUAUGACGGCCGUAAUCAAUAUGAUUAUCGGCUUUAUGGACGACCAGUUACGCGGCACUUAUAAAUCGGUUUCGAGUGAUGAUGAUCUUCAACAGUAUAUAUCAACCGAUUAUAUACCGAUCGGUUUGGGCGGCAAUUAUGCCAAACCGUUGAUCACUGUACCCAAUGGUGUCCGACCGUUGGCCACAUUUGGCCACAAUUUUUCAAGCAAACAAAUUGCCGAUAUUUAUGAAACAUAUGACGAUAUACUAAAUGAAGUACAAAAAUUUUUAACUAUAGCUAAUAACCAGUCGAGCMAUGAAUUGUUUGAUCGGAAAGACACGGAAAUGGUUAGCCGUAAGGACUGGUGGAUCGAACGCUACCUAUUGGUCAGCGACUCGGAGGACGAAGCACUCGACCGAUUGGUAUCGACAAUGAAAUGGCGUAAACAGUUCGGUGUCAACCAACUGAUCGAUAAAUCAUUUCCCGAAGAGAUGUAG